CAGAAUCGCAGCCCGAGACCGGGCUCCGGGCCGCGGCCUCCACCCAGCUGGGCCCCGCGCCCGUGCUCCGCCUCCCCCGGGCCGUCAUCGGCCAUGGCAGCCUGGCUGAGGAUACCCGCACGGGCCAGCGCCGCGCUCCAGAGCCCGCCCAAACCCACCCGGCCUCCCAAGCAUCUCUGGAUUAGAUCGGGGUCCCCACAGCACCUCUGCUUAACGUUCAGCUCCACUUCCGAGGCCAACGGAGACGGCCCCGAGCCCCGCUCUCCAGGCGGGCUAGAGGUGACCGAGAAGGAGCCGGCGAGCAAAGAGUUAACCGCGGCCGAGUUACGGAUCGUCCAGCUGCACGCUUCCGCCUGCGCGGCAGGCCAGCUAAACUACGUGGAUCCGGCUACUGGCUACCUGGUGUUCACACAGCUUGCUCACUUGCAGAAAGGUUCAUGCUGUGGCUCAGCCUGCAGGCACUGUCCCUAUGGUCAAGUCAAUGUUAAAGAUCCAUCUAAAAAGAAGAAGUUCAAUUCAUAUUUUUAUAUUUGACAAUAAUUUCAUCUUGGUUGUGGUUUAGCUGGAGCCUAUUUUUAAAA